AGUUAACGCAAAUUGAUGUCGGUUGUAACAGGACUCCAGCUCGCAAUGCUCCGACUUGUUAUCUUCGUCAGUGUAGCCUGUGUGGUCGUGAAUGCCUGGGCCACGGGCAUGGUGUCUCAGCAAUGUAUGGAGUGUAUUUGCAAGAAAGAGAACAAAGGCAAUUGCCGUGAUCAGGGCUGUGUGAUGGACAAGGGCUCUUUGUCAUGUGGCUUCUUCCAGAUCAAGGAAAAUUACUGGAUAGACUGCGGUAGACCUGGAGCAGGUUGGAAGACGUGUGCCAGCGACCGUCAGUGUGCGUCUCAGUGUGUCCAGACCUACAUGGCGGAGUGGAUUGGCAAGGCCGGUUGUUCACGCACCUGCGAGAGUUAUGCUCGCGCGCACAACGGAGGACCUCAGGGUUGCAAACGUAGCUCGACGAUCGGUUACUGGAACGAUCUGAAAAAACAGCCAGGAUGUGCCAGUGUAAAAUAAAAUAAAGCAGAUUGAUCAUGUUUUUCAGAUAAGACACGUUCUUGUAUUGUUGGUGUUGUUGUUUUCAUUUAACGUUAUUGUGUAAUUGAGGUAUUACAAAUUCACAAUGUACAAUGCAUAACAAAAAUCGUUACACAUUCUUUAUUUCCAUAAGUUUGUUUUUCAAUUAAACUCAAGCAUCUUAAACAAUAUUGUAUAGCGUACAAUAUUAAGCUUAUGAUACGAGAUAACUAAUUUUUUACUCAAUUGUCAUUUUAUUUGAGUUGUGUGCACAUCAAUACAAUAUGAUAUGUCCAAGCCUUACAAUGAUCAUACAUGAUACAAUCCAUGAUUAAUCAUUACCCGAAAGAAUCUUGUCGUUUUCCAGGUGCUGUCUUCUAUCGCAAAACAAUAAAAUGCUAUGAUUUUCUUUUGAGUUUUAUGCGUCUGUUAUGUUUCUUUACAUGUGAAAGACUAAAACAAAUUCCAUAACACAAUAAUUAUUUGCCAAUUUACAAUCGGAAAAUAAAACUAAUACACUUGA